GUUUUGGACUGAAUGCUUUCAAAAACAUUAUGAAAAUUUCCGUCGAAACUGAUUUGCGGUUAGCACACAAAAACACAUCAUCCUUAUUCUGACAGCGCAUUUCGGAGGCAAGGAAGAACUUUCACUCCUUUCGAACAAACUGGAAGAUUCCAGGUAGCAAAAAGUAGAGCAAAUAAAUAGAACCGACGCUUGGAGAUUCAUUCAUACUUAGUACUCGGCUGCACAUACAAGAACAGCUGAAGACUGUCAAAAAAUAGCAAACCAAAGAAAAUCGAAAUUAUUGUGAGAAAUCGUUCGCUCGCUCAUAUUGGAAAAAGAAAAGCAAUGGGUGUCUUUAACAACUUUAUAUAUACAUGCAUAAUAUGUGUGAUGUUCAUGAGCAAGAAUGUGCAUGGUAAAACAGAGAACAAGACUACUAACAAUAAACCAGUUUCAGUCCUCAAGGAAGAAGUUGUCUCAAUUUAUAAUAAAAACUUCGCUGAGAUACCGAAGGACAGGGACCCAUAUUAUGUUAAAGUUCAACGAUGUAACAUCGAUAAAGAUAUUGUUCCUGAAUGUUCAUUAUGUUGGCCCCAACCUAUGACAUUGACAGAAGUCGAGAUUGUCGUUCCUGAUUUAAAAAACUACACAAAAUUUUAUAAAUAUAUUGUAUAUAAUCACACUUCUUGUUACCUGGAAGAGAACUUGACAGCCGUGAACUUUAAUCUACACAAGAAUCUACCUUCAAACGAAAUUAACGAAACAGAAUUUACAACAAAAGUAAAAUACAAUCCACCAAACGUGAGAACAUGUAAUGACUAUUGCAAGCAUCCACAACCUCGUUUUCAUGUGUACAGUGAAUAUACAAAGGUUCUUUUAAAUUAUCUCUUUAUCCCAUUCACUCAAUGCUUGCCGGGUUGCAACGCAACAGAGAAAAUGAAGCAUGUCGAAUUAAAACUCCUGGAUGGUUCAACCCAAAAUGAAGUUGUCAGGAAUCACACAUCGUGCACUUUUUGGAUUCCAAAAGUCCAUAAAAGUACACAUUCUAAUAGCAGCCGCAGUGGUCCAGAAAGUCGACCCCAGGUGCUAAAUAAAGGGUUAUUUGUUUACAUCACAUCACCUAAAUUGAUGUUAGUUGCCUUCAUUCUCUCGACUGUCCUCAUCUCAAUACUCAUUCUGGACUGUAAUCUGUGUCAUCGUAAGAAAGGAAUAAUGUAUUCGAUAAAGAGUUGUGGAAAGAAUGAAGAGUGUAAAGACUGCGUAAGAAGACAGCAGACUAUGAUAGAAAUGGUUUAAGUAUCAGUAGUUUUUGUGUCACAUUUCUGCUAAAAACGAAGACAUGAAUGAAUAAAGCAUCUGAAACCAGGCCCAUCGGAAGCUGUGGGGUUUGGGCAGGCUGCAACCCCCUUUCAGUAAUUUUCAAAAUUGUUGUGAAAAUUUAACAAGCCCCAGCUUUUCCCCAAAUCUUCUAGGAGAAAGUCACAUACCGUAGAUUCUCGAAAUAAUAAGCUGCCCGGUCUAUUUCAAUUUUAAAAAGGUGGCUAAUUUAAUGGUGCGGUUACUUUCAGUGGAAUGAUAUUUCGAGACUCUAAGAUAUUUGAAUUUUCAGACCCCCAUUCUUACUUAGAGCUUCCGACGGCGGUGAAAACAAGAAAUGGCUGAACAUUGUGUUGUGCGACAAGAUGAAUGACGUACAACUCAUGACACUCCACGCAAAGCUAUUAAAGUGUAUGAAUUGUUUUCAGCAGAAACUGUGAUUGUAAUAUUCUAAUAAUUGGAUAAUAUUCUAAAAGCUGUAUAACAUUUGCACUAAUUUCAGCCAAAUCAACAUUUAUACUAGAUAUUUUUAAUUAAAUUAAAUUUUCUUUAUUGAUAUUAAACUGGAAUUCAUGAUUAUUA